AUUUAAAUUAAAAAUUUAACUGUCCUAGUAUCCUUAUAAUAUUGUAACCCCUCUCCAGUUCCUAAUAAUAUUUUGACUUGCUCUUUACUGAGAGGGUAGUGGAUGCAUGGAAUAGCCUUCCAGCUGCAGUGGUAGAGGUUAACACAGUAAAGGAGUUUAAGCAUGCGUGAGAUAGGCAUAAGGCUAUCCUAACUAUAAGAUAAGACUAGGGACUAAUGAAAGUAUUUAGAAAAUUGGGCAGACUAGAUGGGCCGAAUGGUUCUUAUCUGCCAUCACAUUCUAUGUUUCUAUGUUAUAAAUUUAAGUCCAAGUGGGUCGCUGCAUUUUUAAAAUGUAGAGACACACUAUAUUUUUCAUAGCUAUCCCUUAUGUUCCUAACAUGCUCUCCUAUUUUAUGUAGGAUACGUUUUUGUUCUGCCCAUGUAAUAUAAUUCACGUGGAUACACAAUCAUAUAAAAACAUUGCUGCAGUGGCAAGAUGCAACUUGUUUAUUUAUAGAAAUAUCAUCGGUGUAUAUGUGUCAAGACCCCAUCUUUCUUUGCCUACUCAUUUUAGCCCAUGUUUUUGUUGCUACAUUUUCCUCUCUCCUCAUUUACCCCCCUCUGCCACCACCAACGUUCAAUCAGCAUUUAGAAGUGGUCCUCUGUGUGUCCUCAAAAAUCGUCUGUUCUAGUCUACGGAGGGCCUCGAUUUAACAUUUUCCGAUACGCUUUUCAAAUAAUGUAAUAUUUUGGAUAAACAUUUACAGCUAUUUCAUAUUUUUAAAAAUGUUUUAAUAUUUUAAUAUUCUGAUAUUGUUUAUAAAUUGAUAUCCAGAAAUAUUAUACUGAGGCCAUAAUACGAUCCAUAUUUAUUUUUAGCUGCAAAGAACGUUGAUGUCAAAGCUGAGGCGAUGAAGGAGAUGGUUGAGAGAAUUAAAAAUGGUGUUGUUCUAAGGCCAGCUCGGAAAGAAGGACAGGUUUGUAUGAAUCUCUGUUUAUUUAUGGAAAUGGUUCCUCAAAAACCGAAAUUAGUUCAAAAAUAAUGCCUUUAUUAUUCCAGUGUGGUGGCUUUGGUUAGGAUAUUAAUUUUAAUUUAUUUUCUGGUGCUCAUUUUUUUAGUUGGUAAACAGCUGUUGCAAGCUGUCAUUCUUAGGUGUAAUGGUAAUGGAUUGACACCAGGUUUACAACAUUGUUGCAACAUUUUUGUAGUCUAUCACUAAUAACAGCUGCCGCUACAAAUUCCAGCCCCUUGUAUAUUAGCUUCUUGCUAGUGAAGCACUGAAACACACACUUCGCUCUGUGUGGCUAUUAGCAACAGGCAAGUAGAGGCUUUCCGAUAAAACUUAGCAACUGGGUUGAAACAAGACUUUGUGUUUCAAUAGGGCAUAUACAGAUUAAUUAUCAUUUAUUUCUGAACACUAGGCUGGAGGACGGUGGUUUAAGGUUAAUGGCAGCUGGUAAUGACUAGUGACAGUGUUGUAAAUCAGUCAGAAACCUGUUCCUAAGUAGAGGGCAGCAGCUCUCAUAGAGUAUAAUGGAAACCACGAGCCGCCACUUAGCGCCGGCAACUCCCUGUUGAUAUUUGGCAGUUACUAUUAUUAUUAUUAUUAAUAUUGGAAUUUAUAUAGCGCUAGCACAUUCCAUAGCGCUUUACAAUAUUAUGAGAGGGGGGAUUUAACUAUAAUUGAUACAAUUACAAAAACAUACAGGAACAAUAGGUUGAAGAGGACCCUGCUCACGCGUGCUUACAGUCUAUAGGAGGUGGGGUAUAAAACACAUGAGGACAGGAAAUAGCAAUCAAAUAAGGUGGAGUGAAGCAGAGCUGGAGGAGAGAGUAGAGUGCUGCCCUUUAGGAGAGAGCAAGAGACAGGUAUGUGAGGUAGAGGUUACACUGGGAGGCCAUAAGCUUUCCGAAAGAGAUGGGUUUUAAGGCACUUCUUGAACGUUUAAAGACUAGGGGAGAGUCAGACAGGAGAAGGUCACGGGCAAAUCAGAGAGAAGGGGCAUUCCUAUGGAUCUGUGAAGAGAUAUAAGAGGGGCUAGAAUUGUUCAGUGCUUUAUAGGUGGGAAUUAGUACUUGAAUUGACUCCUAUAGGAUACAGGAAGCUAAGCAGCCACUCCUCGUCAAACGUAUCGUCACACAUUUUAGAAAGCAGUAGUCGGCUUGCAAUAAGCAGCGACAAGAUUGUAAACGAGCCCCUAGUCGGUAAACCCCACAUUAGCUGAAUUCAAUUUCUAUAGCCAUUUACUGUGCAAUGAGCUAGGCAAUGCUUCCAUACAUGAUGGUCUGUUUUCAUUCCAGAAGCACACACAAGCUAUCAACAAACGGAAGAGUGUGAUCAAUGAAUUUAAAGGAAUUUUUACGGUAAGUAGCAAGUGAUUAUUGUUCAAUUUGUUUAUUUGAUCUACAACUUACUUUUAUCUAGAUAUUUCUCUCUUAAAAUAAAUACAGUCAAAUUUACAAACAUCCGGAACUGUUAUUUUUAGAAGCUAUAUAUGAUUGAACCCGGUUCUUGUGUAUUUGCCCAGCGAUGCGGUGGGUGAGGGAUAUUUAUGGAAGAGGAGGAGCUCACAUAACUACAUCGUCACAACAGACGAAACCUGAGAGGAAAGGUUUAGUUCGGGUAGCCGUUGCCAGGUGGAUAAUGAUUUUUUUUUUUCUGUUUUUUUCGGCUGUAUAAAUCCCACCAAGUGCAAUGGGUCCCAUUUAUUACCGAACACAUUUUCUUUUACUUAAAACGCAAGCUUGUUCCAGAAUUUGUUGGUUCAAGGUUUACCCCAUUUUAUAAAACUGUAGCUCUAAAAAUCCAAAAAGAAGAAAAAACAAGUUUUCAUUUUUUAUUCCCACUCAGAUUCCUCUUUUAAAGGAAAGUUUAGGCAGAACUAACACCAAAUAUUAACUAAAUGGCCAAAUCAAUACAACUGACAAGUUUAAAGGUAUUCUAGAACUGAAUUAACUCCGAGCACCAUAACCACUACCACACUACACAAAGGCUGCUGACACAGAACAUGUAACGUUUUGUAAUCAUCAAAAGUUUUAAAGACAUUUUACAGUUUUGUCUCACAAAUGUUUUUGAUGUAUAAUAAGGAAAUCAAAACUUUCACCUAUGGCAUGCCACAAGUAGGGGUUGGGCCUUAGGUGAUGAGAAUCUUUUAUUUUUUUUCUUUAUUUCACAAAGUUUGGACAAAAACAGAUGCUCUGACCCCAUAGAGUCCUUGCACUCACUAUAACUCCUAGAACGUGUUAUAAUAAUCUAAUACACUGUACAUGUACAGUAAGAUGUAAUAAUACCAUACAAUGUAAUAAUGUAAAAUACUAGAUGGACAGAAUAUUGUGUUAGCAAUUGCCACGUUCAUUUUUACUAUAUCUAGAACUGUAAUAAAAUGAAAUAAAUGAGUAUGUGUUUCCAUGAUGUUUACUAACUCAUUUCCAAUUACACAUAAACAGUCUUUAAUUUCUCAUAUCCAACAAUUAAUGGAGUCUUUACUUUCUGGUCUCCAAUGACUAAUGGAAGCUAUAUAUUUUACGCACAUACUGCCUUACUGGUCUUGUAGGAUACAAUGAGGAAACCCAACCAAAGGAAAAGCUUUCGAAGGGCCAGCAAAAAGGUUGCUGAGAACGAGCUUGAUGGCAUCCUCCGGCGCCGGCGUAAGAAGGUGGAUUGUGCAGAGACAGAUGGGUCUGCAGAAACUACAGCCAAGCAAGAGAAGAAAGUAGAAGAACGUGCACCUGGAAACAUGCACUUAUGUAAGUUUUGUUUGAGUGUAAUAUCUGAAAAAGUGCAUCGUAGGACAAAACAUUCAGAAAAAGUUCAAUACUCCCAUCACAUCAAAAGAGGAUGAACACCUAUUAACCUUUAAAUAAUGCCAAAUAAUUUGAUAAUUCACUCGUCAGUGGUGACUUGUGGUCAGUUGGUGAAGUUUAAAGAACCUCACUACCCACUUAGCCCCAUGAGGUCCUAUGCCCUAUGAUAUCUCUUAUCUUUAUGGUGUGUCUGUAAGGAAGCAGUCCAUCUUAACUCUUUUCCAUGAAUUAUACAGCCAUCAUAAAUAAAGCACCUGGACCCUUCCAACAUUAAUUCCACCACUGAAACCCAUAAUACAUUCAGAGUUCCAAGGAACAUGCUAUAAGGUCAGAAUACCCUGUAUGGCUCUGUGAAAUCAAUUACAUUUGUUUUUAUAGUUUGGUGUGAGGUUGUAAUUUGUUAAAUGAGCAGCGGCCACUGUCAGAGGCAUUCAGCUAGAAGUGAGGAUGCUAGGGAGGCAGUAAUUCCAGCAGUGAUUGAUUCAGUAGAAGUCUAUUAGUCCCAGCAAGGCUAUGACAGACCAAUAUAUGCUUAGCAUUGUGCAGAUGCCAUAGAUGUUCUACAUCUCCCUUAAACCAUUUCCAGUCAAACACACAGCAUGUAAAUUACAAAGGUCCAUGGGAGCUUAAUGUGCAAAGAGCCAUUGCAAUCUAUGAUCUGUAGAUAAGAUUUCUUCCCAGGUAUCGUUACCACCUGAGGACCAUUGAAAUUAUAACAUCUGUUUAUUAGCUGCCAGUCACAUCUGAGAGCAUGUGGUCAAUAUGACGAAUCCUCUUCACAGGAAAACACAGACUACAUGACUAAAUAGUUAUUUAUAAUUAUUAGCACAAACUGCUAAACAUCUGAAUAUAUAUUUUGUUUCUCUGCAGCUGAUUUAAAGUCAACAUUGAAUCCAGGAUCUACGCAGAAAAAUCCAAUUGUGGUAAAAUUGAGGCAGAAAUCAUCCAGCCUCCAGAAAAGUAGGAGAACUCUAUUGGACUAUGAGUAAGAACUAACUGGUCCGAAAAGUGUAAGGAGUUCUGCUGUAUGUUCUUUCCCUCCUGUGCUGAUUAUUCAGGUGUCUACAAAUAAAUAUUUUCCUUUUCUCGUGGUUGACGCUGGUUUUCGACGUUUCUGUGUAUCAGUCUCUAGCUGAACUCUAUUGGAGACGGACCACAUGGAGCAGUAAAAGCAGGACAUUACAAGAGUGUUGAUUUUUCAAAACACAAUGUAUCAUUUACUUGGUCUUAAGGAAGAGAUCUGGGUCUUCUAAUUUCUAUAGCCACUAUUGCCCAGCUAGAGGACUGUAUGUGUUAAGGUGUGUGCUCCAGUAGGAUUGUUUGUGGCCCACCAAACACGCAGAACACAGCCAUGAUUUAUAUAGUGUUACGUUAUUGGUCUUGAAGGAUCUAUUUAGCCAAGAUGAACUGAGCAAAUUGAAUAAUUGGACAAUGCUGCUCUGCUUUCCAGAACCAGGAAAGGUUCUGUUUUCUUUGUAUCUCGGGAGCUACAUUCAUGAAUAUGGAAAAUUCAUAUUGGAAAACCUUAAAUAAAUGUAGACAAGAACACAAAUGUUUUCAUUGACUAUGUGCCACUUACUUACAUUAUAUAAAAUGUACAUAUUGUGACUGGAGACGACACCUAUAACUCCUAUCUGGUUAAUGGGGCACCAAUGUAUUUUGUGACACCAAACAUAUUGCGGGUGUAUUCAAAUUUACUGCAGUGGUUUAUAAAAAACAUCCAUUAUAACUUGCGUUUGAUGACACGUCACCCAUGUCUAUAAAGGAAGGAAAGAGAAUUCACUUUUGGAGAUACUUAAUUGCCAGUUGAAUGUACUAAUAUUGUCUGUUUUAUCAUGGUUUAGGGAGAAUGUAUUCAUCCUUUAAUCUGAUGGCCGUAUUUCCAGCUCUAGAUGUAUACACUGAGUAGAUGUGAUAGUUGUCCUUGCCAAGGUUGGCCCUAGAGGCAAUGCGCCAACACUUCAAAGUAUUCAGAUUACAAUUGCAGAAACUAUUGAGUUUACAACACCGUCGCAGUGGUAAGGCAAGUGAACACGCAGUACUUAAACCAGCACCAAACGGAGGGUAGGAUAGAAGGUGUAUUAUCGGACAUUAAAGUGACUGACUUUAAAACAAGAACAGACAAGAGAAUAGGUGAUAUGCUAGCCAAGGUCAAGGACAUGAGAGGUAUGUGUGAACAUUAGACAGAGUUAAGUCAGUCGAUGCAGAGAGCAGAAAGGUCAGGACAGGACAGGUCAAAAUACCAAAGGUUACCACAGAGCAAGAAACAUGCUAUUGGGUACAGAGACCACAACAGAACAUUGGCUACUGACCACAAUGGAAUUUUAUAGGUUAACUUACAUCAUUAUUAAGAUGCAUUGACACUGGAUUGUAAAUUGACAAGGAGAUGGACCUUCCAGCAUCAGAACUGAAGUCAGAAUAGUGUGAGACUGAGCAUAAGACCCUAAAAUGAUUAUCUGCGAAUGAUGCAGGAGUGGCCAGGUACCAUGACAAACACCAAUCCUCCAUUAUACAAUGAAUGCAGCCUACGCGGAGCUUCUAUGCCUGCUCAAUGGUAUAACAUGUGUGACUGGACACGUCAUGAGGAAGUCAGGUGCACGUGAUGUACAAUUACAGCACACUUUGGCCUCAAUUUAAUAAACUUUCCAAAUGAUUCACUAUCAUUAAAAAAAAACAUUACGAAUGAUUUCUCUACAGAACUCACCAUUUAAGUUUGAGGAAGAGGUUCUAAUGGUCAAUGUUCAUGUUUACCUGUGGAAGAUAAUACAACACAGCCGUCUCAGGGAAACAAGCGGAGUAAAGAAAAACUCUGGGAAAAGGGACAUCCUCCUUUCCUCUUUGAAAUGCCACCACGAAUGCGAUACAAUUUACGGUCCAUGCCCACAAUAACCACCUGCAGACAAUACCUCGUUUCCAUCCAGGUACUCUCUCACACUAAAACCCUGAUAAUAGAAAACACUCAGACACAGAGCUCUCCAUAAUGUUAGAGUCAAGACCACAACUAGAUCCGAUUCAUCACAGAUGCCCAGCCCAACGAUUUCCAUGACAGACUGUCCCUAAGUUGCAGCAAAACCACAUAUUUGGUCAUAUCUCCUCUACAGUCCUGAUGACCAAAACCCUGCUUUGUUUCCGCACAGUUAGAAGUUUCAUUAAAUGUAAUAAGCUUUUGAAAAAUUAGAAGUGACAAUUUGAUUAAGUAUUUAACCAAAACGUUUAUCUGUCACAAGAAAUGUUCUUUUUGAAAGUUAAAGCAUUAAUUAUUGUAUUAGAAUGUAUGAAAUCGGUGCAACACGUUUUAAAUACACGCACACUGACUGCUGAGUACACAGACUGCUGAGUACACACACACAAACACACAGAGAGACUGCUGAACACACACACAGACUGCUGAAUAUACACAGACUGCUGAAUACACACACACACACACACACACAGACUGCUGAAUACACAGAGACUACUGAAUACACACACACAUACUGGUGAAUACACACAGACUGCUGAAUACACACACAUAUACUGGUGAAUACACACAUACAGACUGCAGUGAGGGUUACAGUGUAUGUGUGUGUGUGAGGGGUGCUGUGUGUGUUUGUGUGUGAUGUGUACGAGGAGUGCUAUGUGGGCGACCGGUGCUGUGUGGGCCCCACUGCCCUCAGCAAUUUUUUUUCCCACUUAGGGCCAACCGGUGGGCUUGUAUCAGCAGGUCCUUGCUUUUUGCCAGUAUGGGAGGAAGUGACAGCCGCAAGUCACUCCCUCCCAUAAAGAGAGGAGCUGCUCGGGAGGGGGCAGGAGGAGUCGUACAAAAUGAAGGAGGCUGUGGCAGUAAGGAUUAAGGCUCCUCACUCCCAUCAGUCUCAGGCACCACAUUGGACCCCAGGAAAGCCACCCUCCAGCAAAAGGUAGGAAACUGGGGGGUGGGUUUAAAAUGGUACAUUUUACAUGUGUCUUAGUAUGUCUCUGUGUAUGUGCCUGUGUAUCUGUAUGUGAACCUAAAUGUUGUUAGUGUGUGUAUCUGUGUGUUUAUUUGUAUGUAGUCAUUCUGUGUAUCUGUGUAUCUGAGCACCAACAUUAAAGGACCGCCAUAGGCACCCAGACCACUUCAGCUCAAUGAAGUGGUCUGGGUGCCAGGUCCUUCUAGGGUUAACUAGGGUUAACCCUGCAGCUGUAAACAUAGCAGUUUCAGAGAAACUGCUAUGUUUACUUUAGGGUUAAUCCAGCCUCUGGUGGCUGUCUCAUUGACAGCCGCUAGAGGCGCUUCCGCGCUUCUCACUGUGAUUUUCACAGUGAAAAGACGCCAGCGUCCAUAGGAAAGCAUUGAGAAAUGCUUUCCUAUGGACUGACUGAAUGCGCGCGCGGCUCUUGCUGCGCAUGCGCAUUCAGCGGAUGAAGUCGGAAGAGGAAGGAGAGUCCCCAGCGCCGAGGGAGCCCAGCGCUGGAGAAAGGUAAGUGUUUAACCCCUUCCUCCCCCUUCAGCCCAGCGGGAGUGGGACCCUGAGGGUGGGGGGGAACCUAAAGACCCUAUAGUGCCAGGAAAACAAAUUUGUUUUCCUGCCACUAUAGUGAUCCUUUAAAUACAAAUACACCCCUCCAUUCAAACUUCAACAUUACAUACAAACACACUCCUGCAUUGAAACGUCAAAACUACAUAAAAACACACCUCUGUGUUAAACAAUAAAAUUAUAUAUAAACAAAUCCCUACAUUAACCCCUUAAGGACUGGACUGUUUUUGCGAUGUUGUACAUUUGCGACCAGGCAUAUUUUUACACUUUUGUGGUGUUUGUGUUUGGCUGGAAUUUUCCGCUUUCUCAUUUACUGUUCCCAUACAAAUUAUAUAUUGUUUUUUUCAGGACAAAAGGGGCUUUCUUUACAUACCAUUAU